UUACAGCAUAGACUGGUAUAGAGCAGCAUAGCAAGCAAGCAUUAUAUCUACUUUAUAUAUAUUAUAAUUGAAAAUGGAUAUUUACAAUCCAAAAAGCUAUAAAAGGUUCCCUUGGAAGCAGGAAUCAAUCGAUCUCUUAAUUGACUUAUACGCUAGAAAAAUCGACAUAUUCUUGGAUCCAUCAAGAACACAACUACCUGCUUGGAAAUGGAUAGUUUCUGAAUUAAAGAAGACAAUUAAGGAUCAAUCAUUGGAUCUUUUGACUGUUAUGCGAGUUUCUAACAAGUUUACAGGAUUAAAGAAAAAAUUCAAAAUUCUAUUUUUUGACCCAAACAAAACAGAUAUCCAAAAGCAGAAAAUAUUUCCAUUUUAUACAAAAAUGUGUGACUUAUUCACAGAUUAUGCUACAAAGCAACUUCAUAAUUCAACACAAUAUCAUAAUAAAUCAGUCACGAGAGAUUCACAGACAUCAAUUAACGAAAGUAUUAAUGAAGCUAAUCUUACAUCUUAUGUUGUGCAAUUAUUAAAUGAAGAGGAUAUGGAUAAAACAUCUUUAACAAUUAUUCCGUACGAAGAUCGUGAGAAUUUUUCACGACAUGCUAGUUCUGUGCAUUAUUCAAAUUCUCAAAAUAGUCAAUUCACAAAAAGUGCAAUCGAAUCAACUAAGAAUCAUUCACAAUCAGAAAAUGAGAAGGUAAGGAUCAAACUGGCUGAAAUACCAUCAGAAGCUAUAUAUAUCCAUAAAGAGAAGAUGCGAAUAGACCCAAAUACACCAUUUAAUAGACACAUUAAUAGUUCCACAAUUUUAAAUCAGCGAUCAAUUCUUUUACACAAUUCACAAGCUCCUUUACUGAAAAGGAAGCUACUUAAUGAUUUAGAGCCAUUAAAAAAGAAGAAAAUUGUACAUUCAAGUCAAAGAUAUUCAGACAUUUAUACAACUGAUGAGUAUGAAAUUGAAGCACUGGAUGAAUGUGAACUGUCUGACAUUACAAUGAGACGAUCUAAAGCUAUUUACCACGAUACAUCUUCAGAAAUAUCACACAACUCGUCAAAUGAAAGCAUUGGAAGUAAAAAUAAAUAUCAAGAAGGCAUAAGUGAACUGCCAAUAUCACCAGAACAUGAAGUUUUUGAGAGCACAUUCGAGAUUCCACAAUUGUCUGACUUUACACAAAACAGUUCAUUUGAUGAUCGCAGUCUAACAGACAAUACAAUUAGAGGAGCUCUAAGAGAAAUUAUCCCAAAGAAAUUAAUAACAAUUGAUAGCAGUAACACUUCAAGAUCAAGUCAAAUAUCACUAAUGCAAGUUAAUAACGAUCAUCCACCAAUUUGGUUCCAAAAGUUUCUCAAAAAGUACGAAACUGAUGUUAAAAACAUUAAUGACAAAUUAGAUAAAUUAAUUAGUAAGAACGCAUCACCAAAACCCGUGUUAAUUCAUCCCAAGGUUCUAAGCAUUAAGAGAGACAGUCUUUAAUUUUUAUCAAGCGAUUUUUUUUUUAUUUUUUUCAUCUUAAUUAAUUUACAAACUUGAAAUUUUUUCCUUUGAUCUUCCAAAUAUUUUUUUUUUUAUAUUAAAAAGGAAAUUAAAGGCGACGAUCGAUGGUCGUCAAAUGAUUCAGUGGUUCCGUCUGAAUCACUCAACUUUUCCCAUCGAUCAGUCAAAAAGUUCUUUAGCUCAUGAUCUUCUUAUUUAAAUGACAAUGAUUUUUUUUUCUUUAAUAAAAUGUUUUACUUAAAUAAAAUUUCUUGCAUUAAACAUUUUUCAUCAUUGAAUGCCAAGGAGGCUCAUGUGUUAUCAAUUAUGAUUAAUUCGUAGCAUGAGCAUCCUCGGCAUUACCUUAAUUAUGUAGUAAUUUAUUAUAUUCAUUUUUUCUCUCUUUCAUCAAUAUAAGCAAUAAUAGAAAAGCUAUAAUAAAAACUAAUACACUUCGUAUGUUUCAUUAUUUUUCAUCCUGGAUAUUAUUUUUUUGUGCUUUACAGGGAUGAAAAUGGUCACACUUGAUUUUUUUGAACAGUAAUAAUUUUUUUUUUGGUUGCGUUAUGUUCAGGAUCUACGUAAACUUAUAGCCACAGUUACGUUAUGCAAUACAAAUACGUUAAACUUAAAUCGUAACCUUAAAAUACGUAAACGCAAGCGCAUUACGUAGUUUUAGCUGUGAUACGUAAGCAUUGUACGUAACACGUAUACGUAAGAACAUUACGUAAACACAAGGCGUAAAGAUUUUACGUAAACGUAAAACUUAAUAUCCUUACGUAAACGUAAGACGUAUCACAAUGUUUCACGUAAACCCUUGAACUUAACGCAAUUCUCGGAUAAAGGAAUUAAGGUGAUAUCACAAAAACCAUCAAUCAUUUUAAUCCCUGUUUUUAUCGUCAGAUUGAAAAAAGAUAUAAUCUAUAAUCAGGAAAAUUAAUAUUUU